ACUUUAUUAGUCAUUGGAGGAUUUACAGAAGACUGAAGUAAACACUUCAGCAGCUACACGUUUCUGCCAGCAAAUGUUUACGAAUGUCUUUUAAGAUUUUUCGUCACAUUGUUUUUUCCUGAUUCUGCAAAAUCUGCAACCAUUCAGUAUAGCUUUCAUUUUGGUAAAGAGACGAAAGUUUGUGCCAAAAUAAAAACUUAAGAGUCGGCUUAAAAUGGCAGAAAAAUGCCGUGGAUUACACUUUCGCACUCAGAGUUAACGAAGAAUGGAUUGCAAGACUGUUUUAAUAAAUGGUGUGAACAUUGGGGGAAGUACGUAGCUACAAGAGGUGCUUAUUUUGAAGGUACUCUGUAAAUACUUAAAACUAUUAAUGUAAUAAAGCUAUGUUAAAAAUUCAGUUUUAUUUCUGACUCUACCAUGUAGAAAGGCGACUGAAAAAGUGGGAAUUAAUGAAUUAAUUAUAAAUAUCUGUGUAGUUAUAUAAAAAGAAAAUUGAAUUAGAUAACAUGUUAAAAGAAAGCAAAUCUUUAAUUUUUUGAUUUUUGUUAUUAAUUUUUAUUUUAUUGAUUUAAAUUGCUUUAAAUACAGGCUCCCAAAUUGAGAGAUUAUUAUAAUGUCUGUCAUUUGGCUACAGGUGAUAUGCUUCGAGCCGAAGUAGCAUCGGGAUCUGAUUUAGGAAAAACGUUAAAAAAAGUAAUGGACGAUGGAAAAUUAGUUAGCGAUGAUUUAGUUACAGAUUUAAUAAACAGAAACUUGGAUAAGUCCGAUUGUCAAAAUGGAUUUUUAUUGGAUGGGUUUCCAAGGACUGUUGUUCAAGCAGAAAAGUUGGAUGAACUGUUGGAGAAACGUAAUUCAAAAUUAGAUUCGGUUAUAGAAUUUAGUAUUGAUGAUUCGGUGCUUGUUCGUCGUAUCACUGGAAGAUUAAUUCAUGUUCCAAGUGGUAGAAGUUAUCAUGAAGAAUUUAAUCCACCAAAGAAACAUAUGGUCGAUGAUAUUACUGGUGAGCCUCUAAUACGAAGAUCGGAUGAUAAUGUUACAGCUCUGAAGAAAAGAUUAGACUCCUAUCAUAAACAAACUCAACCAUUAGUAGAUUAUUAUUCCAAAAAACACUUACAUACACAAAUAAAUGCAGACCAAAAUCCUAAUUUAGUAUUUUCUCAGAUACAGCUAGCUUUUUCUAAAGCAAAGACUAAAGAUUUAGUUUUCUUUGUAUAAUAAUAAUAAUAAUAAUAAUUUUCUUAUAUAUAUUUGGUACAAAAUUAUACUCUUUCAUUGGAAAUACUUUACAAAAUAUAAUAAUUAUUAUUAUAACAAGGUUAAUAUUGACACGAUGAUUGGUUUUUACAAAAUUAUACAUUAUAAAAUUAUUUCUUUACAAUUUGACAAUUUAAUGAGUUUUUUUAAUAUAAUUUUUUUAUUAAAAAGUUCAAAGUUUUUAAAUAAAAAAAAUAUUAUAUUGUUUCAAUGUUAAAUUUAUAAACAAAAAUUUUUGUAAAUAUGGCAGAUUUUUCAUAAAUUUUAAUUACUGUUUGCGCUCUUCAAUUAUGGCAAAAAAUAUUAGUCUAUAGGUUACUGUUAAUCAAUUAUUAUAAAUUUCUGUUAGUAUAUAAUUAUUGAUUUAACAAUUUAAAACAUUAAAAGAAAAAAAUAAAGAAAUAUUGUUAUUCAGAAAAGUAUGU